CUUUAACUAUAAAUAUAUAAAAGAUAUCUAUCUCUAUAUAUUUAUCAGAUAACUAUACAUAUGAGAAGCUGGCGAACUUUCACAAUCAUAGCCAUUGUGCUGUUUAUUGGACUAAACAUAGUUUAUUGGAGAUCCUAUGUGUGUACAGAUUCAAGAUUUUGUAGAGUAGAGGAUCUCUCAAAAGAAGAUGUACCUGAACACUAUCCCCCUUCUCAGCCUCUUCCCCCUCCUCCUCCUCCUCCUCCUCCUCCAGCAGCAGGUUUUCCUCCUCAAGGACCCAUUGUUCAACAAGCACCUAUUCCUGAAGCACACUUGGAACCACAUGUUGGUAUCAAUCCUCAACCCUUAUCUAAGCCUGAAACUCAUUAUCCUGAUACCCACGUUAAAUCCAGCCUAGAUCUUGAUACAAUCGCACCUACUGCUGAUAAGGCUACUUAUCGUCUAACUCAACAAGGACUCAAGUAUGCUAGUCAAGGAGACUUAUGGCAAUUUGGUGUAGUAAGUUAUAAUGAGAGAGAGAGAAAAUGCUUACUUUUAUUAGAUUAAUACAAAGCCUGAUGUCUUGGUUGUGUCCAAUACCAACUAUCAAGAUGUAAAUAACCAUUAUCAUCGUGAAUUCAGAAUCUAUACACUCAUGAAAUGGAUUUUACGUGUACAUCGUCGUGAUGUUGAGAGAAAAGUGCCUCUUGUCAUGGUGGAUGCUGGUUCUAACCAUGGUCUCUUUUCUCUCGUGGCCGGUGCAAGUGGUGCACACACAAUUGCUUUUGAACCACAAACUCAUUUACGAAGUAAGUUAAAAAAAGAUACUAAAAAAGAACUACUUUUUAAUCUAAAAAUAGGCAUCAUUAAUAUGGCAAGUCGUUUAAAUCAAUUGGCUGAGAGAAUUAGAGUCCUUCCAUUUGCAGUGUUGGACAAAUUCAAAAAAUUAGCAAUGGAAAAAGU